CUCUCUUUCUCUCUCAUCUACAGUUAAGAUGCAAAUCCAAGGAACCAUAACGAAUCUUUGAUCCUGUAAAGUCACAAAGUAGCCAACGAUCGUUACGCAUUUACUUUUGACGAUCUGUAGGAACGAAAACAACUUUACCCAUCUAAUAACGAAGUUUAAUUUAAACAGGAGAAAAACAAAAAGAUGUUUAUUCUCAAUCGAUUUUUAUACUUUCUAUUCAGUUUUGUGUUAAUAUUGUGUAAACAUUGUGAUUCCAUUGUGAUUGAAGUUAACCAAAUCAAUGGAAUCAAUCAAUCAACACUUUCAAUUGUUGACCAAUGGACAAAUAUUGAAAGUCAACUUUCAAAGGUUUCGCAAAAAUUUGUCUACUCAUUUCUUUCACCGAUUCUCAAUGAAACCUUAUCAACAAUCAAAGUCAAUCACCUAUGUAAGUUAUCAUAUGGAACAUUUCUUCAAGAUUUGGCUUCUCUUCAAACUUGGGCUAUUAAAAUUUUUGAUGCAUCAGGUAAAUUUCCAAUAACGGGCUUAAUGGAAGGUAGUAAUUCGCAUCUUGGUCGUUACGAUGAGUGUUUAUCUAUAUCGAAAGAGUUGACGUUGGAAUCAAAGUCUACAUUAGUAAAGGGACAAUAUUGUUCACUUCUGGUUCGACCUCCGUUACCUGAGCGACCCAAAUGGGCAACCAUAAGUAAUAAAAUCUCAUCGCUAGCCAAUAUUUCAUCAGCUGAAAAGAUGAUUGGUUGGCUUGGUCAGAAUGCUCAUUACUUUUACUAUGUUCCCAUGAGAAUUGGAUUAUGUACUUUAUCAACAUGUUCACCUCAUGAUAUUGAAAGGAUAACGAGUAAAUUGCUUUCACACCUUAACCUGGAAGGUCAACUGGUCGGUAAUGAAUGUGAUACAAUGCAAACUGAAUCAUCAUUUGGAAUCACCCAGAAAUUUAUCCUAGUUUUCCUAAUAGGAUUCAUUUUAUUGGUGAUAACUUCAACACUGGUUGACAUCAAUCAAUUGCAUCUAAUUAAAGGCUUAACAAUUCAGUCAAUUGGUGAUCUGAAGGACGAUUCAACUAAUGCUUCGUUGCCUUCGUUAUCGUCAAGUAAUCGAUCAAUGAAGUUCAUUCCAAUUCCCUCUUAUGGUCAUCAUCGUGUUAUCCGAAAAGAGAGUAAAUUUUUCAAAGUUAUCAAAUGUUUUUCAAUCAGACGAAAUGCUAAAAGUAUAUUGAGCAUGAAAGAAAAUCCAUCGGAAACAUUGAGUCACAUUCAUGGUAUUCGAGUUAUCACCAUGACUUGGAUUAUCUGUGGUCACACCUUUGGAUUAGUUAACCAUACAAACUACAGUCAAUCUUUUAAUUCUGAAAAAAUGUACACUGGUUUCAUUUUUCAGGGUCUUCUCAAUGCUACUGUUUGUGUAGAUACUUUUUUCCUUAUGAGUGGAUUACUGACCAUCCACUCAAUCUGGUCCAAAAUACAAUCUCAUCAAAAGAUUAACCCAUUCAUGUAUACAAUCAUGAGAUAUAUAAGAUUAACUCCACCCUACAUUGUAACUAUUGGUUUAGCAUUAAUAUUACCCUCUCUUGGACAAGGUCCACUCUGGAAGGAAACAGUUAAUCAAGUUUCAACUUCAUGUUACUCUUCAUGGUGGACAAAUUUACUUUAUAUUAACAAUUUUAUCCAAACGAAAAACAUUUGUCUCAUGCAUUCAUGGUACUUGAGUAAUGAUUUUCAAUUCCAUAUAAUUGGACUUAUCAUUGUUACUAUUCUUGUCAGAUCAACUAAACUUGGUUUCAUUUUAAUUACUUUUCUCAUGAUAAUAUCAACACUAAUCAGCUCUUGGUUAGUAGCAAUUAAUGAUUAUCCACCAACAAUUGUAUCAACAUCACCAGCAACACCAGAACGCUGGAAUUUUAUAUUAGAUUAUUAUUAUAAACCUUGGCCUCAUGUUUCGAGUUAUCUUAUUGGAAUGAUUUUCGGUUACCUGUUGGCCUCUAAAAGAAAAGUCAAAUUGUCAAAUUUAACAUUUACUCUGGUUAUUCUCAUCAGUGUAUCAUCAACAUUUGUAUCACUCUACGGUAUCUAUCCUUGGAAUAAAGGACAGUCCGUUAAUCCGAUUCUGGGGUCACUUUAUGCUUCAACUUUCAGGACAGUUUGGUCGGCAAAUAUUGGCCUGGUUAUAUUUUACUUAUCUCAGCAUCGAUCAAGUAUUUUAUAUAAAUGUUUAUCAUGGAAAGGGAUUAUUCCUCUGAGCAGAUUAACUUACAUGGCUUAUCUGAUCCAUCCUUUUGUUAUCUGGUAUCAUUAUGGUUCAAUUCGUGAACCUUUAACUGGAUCAGGUUAUUUUAUGUUUCAUAAUUUUCUCUCCUUUUAUUUACUGACCUACAUAUUAUCAUUCGGAGCUGGACUCUUCUUUGAAUCACCUUUCAUUUGUCUAAUUAAAUUAAUCACAUCAUCAUCAUCAUCACCCUGUUCCUCAUCAGCAUCCUCACAAACAGGAGAUAAACAAUUCAACGAUUCACAGCAACACCUAAAUAGGAAACCACUCGCUAAAUUUGUCUAUUCAUCAUAAAGGUAAUUAAGUGUAUCGGUCAAUUACAAUAAAAAAAUGGCCCAAUUAUCAACUAUUUUUGGUAAUUAAUCAAAUUCCAGGUAUGAUUAAACUGCCCAAUCAAUUGUAAAUAUUAAUACGAUAACUUUAUCUUUUCCAAUGAAAUAAAACUUUUCAAUAAUCAAUCAAAUUCUCUGAUUUUAUAUUCU